UGUCAGGAGAUGCAGGCUGGCUACCAUGUGACGCGCGCCAGCGCUGAAGGGAUUGGCCGAGGCCGCGCAGGCGGCGCAGCACGCCAGCUUCCUCUGCCUUUCUCCCAGCAUCUUCCCGGGAGCCCGUAGGUGCCUCGGCAUCCAUGGCCUGCUUGUCUGGAUAACGUUCCUUGUCCUCUGGCUGGGCAGCAGGCGGAGCCGACCCCAGCCGCGGCGUCGUGAGGACUUCGCUGGGACCUGGAAGCAUAUUCGCCGGUGUUGUUUUCCUGACUCCUUGGAAAUUAAGGAAUGCAAUUCUGCCACCAUGAUGGAAGGGAAAAUGAAAUCAUGGAAAUGGAUGAAACUAACUAUGUGAAAAGUGAAGAGAACCCUGGAUGAAGCCCCAAAGUACCCAAUGUUGGGGAUCAGUGGAGGAGGAGGCUCAGUGGUUCUUCACUGAAGAUGAUGCUGCUCAGAAAGCUUUCAGCCCACAGUCUGCAAACAGGAUGCCACGUGCUGUUCACAAAGUCUUGAGGAGAUUUAUGUGAGACAGCCUAUGCAAUUUGUACCUGACCCAAAGUGGACCUCAGUGAUGGUGUUUGGAUUGAAAAAACGUACAAGGAAGGCCUUUGGAAUACGGAAGAAAGAAAAAGACAGUGAUUCUACAGGCUCACCAGAUCGAGAUGGAAUGCAGCCCAGCCCACAUGAACUACCCUACCAUAGCAAAGGAGAGUGUGCACGUGAAGGAGGAAAAAAAGUUUCGAAGAAAAGCAAUGGGGCACCAAAUGGAUUUUAUGCAGAAAUUGAUUGGGAAAGAUAUAACUCACCUGAGCUAGAUGAAGAAGGCUACAGCAUCAGACCCGAGGAACCUGGCUCUACCAAAGGAAGGCACUUUUAUUCUUCAAGUGAAUCAGAAGAAGAAGAAGAAUCACACAAGAAAUUCAAUAUCAAGAUUAAACCAUUGCAAUCUAAAGACAUUCUGAAGAACGCUGCAACUGUAGAUGAGCUGAAGGCAUCAAUAGGCAACAUUGCCCUUUCUCCAUCUCCUGUGAGGAAAAGUCCGAGGCGCAGCCCGGGUGCAAUUAAAAGGAACUUAUCCAAUGAAGAAGUGGCAAGACCCAGGCGUUCCACACCAACUUCAGAACUUACAAGAAAAAAGCCUCCAGAUGACACUCUGGCCCUUGCUCCCCUCUUCGGCCCACCAUUAGAAUCAGCCUUUGAUGAGCAGAAGAUGGAAGUUCUUUUAGAUCAGCCUGAGAUAUGGGGUACAGGCCAACCAAUUCAUCCAACUAUGGAGUCACCAAAGUUACCAAGGCCUUUUCCCACUGGAACACCUCCGCCAUUGCCUCCAAAAAAUGUACCAGCUACCCCACCUCGGGCAGGAUCCCCCUUAACAGUUGCACCAGGAAAUGACCAGUCAGCCACAGAGGCCAAAAUUGAAAAACUACCAUCCAUCAGUGACUUGGACAGCAUUUUUGGUCCAGUGUUGUCCCCCAAGUCUGUUGCUGUUAACACUGAAGAAAAGUGGGUCCAUUUUUCUGAUGCAUCCCCGGAACAUGCUGCUCCAGAGUUGACUGCAAGGGAAAAGGUGGGAUCCCCACCAGCUGAAUCAGACACACCAGUUGAAUCCCCCCCAUCAGGCUCACCUGGCCUCCAGGGCCCCUCGGGUCCCCCAGGGCCUCCUGGCCCUUGCAAUGUACCAUCUCCACUCAACUUAGAAGAAACCCAGAAGAAAGUUGCUGAACAGACCUUCAUUAAAGAUGAUUACUUAGAAACACUCUCAUCAUCUAAAGAUUGUGGGUUGGGACAGAGAGCAACUCCACCUCCCCCACCACCACCCACCUACAGGACUGUGGUUUCAUCCCCCGGACCUGGCUCCGGCAGUGGUACAGGGUCCACCAGUGGUACAUCAUCUCCUGCCCGGCCAGCCACUCCCAUAAUUCCUUGCAGCAGUACCACUCCACCUCCACCUCCUCCUCGGCCUCCUUCCCGGCCAAAGCUACCUCCAAUAAAGCCUGGAGUCGGAGAUAUGUCCAGACCUUUUAGUCCACCCAUACAUUCUUCCAGCCCUCCUCCAAUAGCACCCCUAGCCCGGGCUGAAAGCACUUCUUCAAUAUCGUCCACCAAUUCCUUGAGCGCAGCCACCACUCCUACAGUUGUGUCAGAAGAUGAUGUUUUUUAUGACAAACUGCCCUCGUUUGAAAGGCGCUGUGACACUCCUGCAGAAAAUGAACAACCUUCCCUCGUUUGGUUUGACAGAGGAAAGUUUUAUUUGACUUUUGAAGGUUCUUCCAGGGGACCCAGCCCUCUCACCAUGGGGGCCCAGGAUACCCUCCCUGUUGCAGCUGCAUUCACAGAAACCGUCAAUGCCUACUUCAAAGGAGCAGAUCCAAGCAAGUGCAUCGUUAAGAUUACUGGAGAAAUGGUGCUGUCCUUUCCUGCCGGCAUUACCAGACACUUCGCCAACAACCCAGCCCCUGCUGCUCUGACUUUCCGGGUAUUAAAUUUCAGCAGGUUAGAACACGUCCUGCCAAAUCCCCAACUUCUUUGCUGUGAUAACACACAAACUGAUGCCAGUGCCAAGGAAUUCUGGGUAAAUAUGCCAAAUUUGAUGACUCACCUAAAGAAAGUAUCUGAACAAAAGCCCCAGGCUACAUAUUAUAAUGUGGACAUGCUCAAAUAUCAGGUGUCUGCCCAGGGCAUCCAGUCCACACCUCUGAACCUGGCAGUGAAUUGGCGAUGCGAACCUGCAAGCACUGACCUGCGCAUUGAUUACAAGUACAACGUGGAUGCAAUGGCCACCGCAGUGGCCCUUAACAAUGUGCAGUUCCUCGUCCCCAUCGAUGGAGGAGUGACCAAGCUCCAAGCUGUGCUCCCACCAGCCGUCUGGAAUGCUGAACAGCAAAGAAUAUUGUGGAAGAUUCCUGAUAUCUCUCAGAAGUCAGAAAAUGGAGGUGUGGGUUCUUUAUUAGCAAGAUUUCAGUUAUCUGAAGGCCCAAGUAAACCUUCCCCACUGGUUGUGCAGUUCACAAGUGAAGGGAGCACUCUUUCUGGCUGUGACAUUGAGCUUGUUGGGGCAGGGUAUCGAUUCUCACUUAUCAAGAAGAGGUUUGCUGCCGGAAAAUACUUGGCAGAUAACUAAUAAAAUCUUAUGCAAGGAUUUGGAGGACCUGUUUACUGGAAAACUGUAGUAUGAGAAACAGGUUUUAUUCUGGUUUGGUGAAUACAAAACAAAAGCUGCAUUCGGAGUAUAUCAUCAGCUGGAAAGUUGCUGCCUUUCAGCUAUGAUUUCCCACACACAUGAUGACCAGUCCUACAGUAUUUACUUCUAGAUGAUAUUGUCAAUGGUUUUAAAAUGUAAUUAUUGUAUUUGUAAAUUGUAUUCUCAUCCCAGUAAGGCAAUUAGACACUUGAAUCUUAGCAUUUUACCAUUACUGAAACAAUUGUAAUUUAAACUGUGGUAUGUAAAUUUAGUAGUAGUACUGUUGAAUGGCACAAUGCUUAUGGAGGUAGAUUGCAUUUUGUCAAUAUAUAAAAUUUAAAUUAUUGAUAGCUGUCAUAAAGGGGGUGCCACACCUAAAGAAGCUGAGAUAGAACCACAAGAAAAAAAAUACUUUUCUUCAAUCCUGAAUAUGUUUUACUCUAGUGCUAAUAAAAAUUCUAUCUUCAGAAGCUUAGAGGGUUAAAUUUAGAAACUAUUUCAAAAAAAAAAUUCCAAGGUUACAGCAUAUUCAAAGGGAAGCAUAAAUUACCACUUUUUAAAAAGCUUUUUUUUCAAGCUGAAAAUUUCAUAAAAAUGCACACUGUGUAAACAGGGCCUCUUAUUUUUAUAACUUGUGUAAAAAAGGGAAAGCAAUUCAUAUUUAAAGUUUAAGUAUAUUAAAUUAUAAUCAAGAGUAAAGAUGUUCAAAACUUACUCAGUCCCCCCUUUCUCUACAGUUUAGCAAAUGAAGAAAUUACUGAAUAAUAACACUAAACCCAAAAUUAUAAUUUUUAAUAUUUGAAAACUUUCCAUAGCUGAAUCAGUUAAAAUGUUCAAACAGUGGUUCUGAACAGAUAGAUGGGUUUCUCUCAUCCAACAUAGGGGUGGGGAACUCACACUGUGUGUCUUCCUUUCUACCCAUAGCAAUCAAGUCAUUGAGAAUCAGAAUCUUAGGGGGAAAAUUAGUUCCCUCUUUAGAUCCAAAAGUAGAAAUUUCAAUCUCAUUAUUUAUAUCUCUUGGGAAGGAAAAAUAAGCUUUAUAAAUGAAACUCUCCUUGUCCAAUAAAUUUCUUUUGGGAUGAUUAAGAAUCAUUGUAUAAACCGAAUCAUUGCUCUUUGGAGGGGAUGAAGAGAAGAGUCAUGGAGGUUUUCUCACUCUUACAAGGUCAGUCCUGCAGGUCCCAAGUUUUCCACAAUUCAGUAGUCUCCAUUCCCUACUAAGUUCUGAAAACAUCAGUCUUUCUUUAAGCCACAGAAGUUAUUUCUGUCAUAAAAUAAUUCCUACUCUAUGUUUUACUAUUAAAUCACUGAAAUGAAGUUGUAGUAUGUAUCAUAACUUGUUCUAUUUCAUUUUAUAUUCACUCAAAUUUGACAAGGAAUCUUCAGCCUCUUUGAAUUUUAGAAUCAAAGUUUUUAAACUUUUAAAUUGAGAUUGUGACUGGAGAAUGUUUACAGUAGAACUUUAUAAAUGAACAUUUGUACUCUCCAGUCAAUGCUUGCUACCAAAAAAAUGUCCAAAAGUAUCUAUUUUGCCCUGGGAGAAUCUUACUAUUGACUCACCAAAGCAGCCUGGUGUUGAAGGUUUUUGAACAAACUAUUUAUUUGCUUAUUUUAUGUUUGAUUUUGAAAACAAAAUAGAGGAAUAUAAAAUUUUGAAUCUUAUGAAACAUGGGAAAAUUUUAAAUAUUCAAACAAAUGGAGAGUAAGAAGCAGAAACAGACUUGUCCAGCAUUUAACUAUAAAAUGUUUUUAAGUAAUCUAUUCAUGGAAAAAUAUUAAAUAUUAAUACAAAGCAUAUUAAAAUAAAAAAUAUAAAUGUUA